AUAUUAUCUUGUGACCUAAAUUUGCCCACAUCUGAUUCUGAGAAACUAAUAACACACCUUAAUUAGCUUGCUUUCCAUAUUCACAGAAAUUUAACUCCAUUUUUCGCUUAUAAUUUGCAUCUAAAGUUGGCAUAAAAAUGGUGAAGAUGGAGAGAAAACCCUCACAUAUUCAAGCUCCCACCUAUGGAAAACUAGUCACUGUCCUUAGCAUCGACGGCGGUGGCAUUCGAGGAAUUAUUCCGGCCAUUAUCCUCGAUUACCUCGAAUCACAACUUCAGGAGUUGGAUGGAGAAGAUGCAAGAUUGGCAGACUACUUCGACGUGAUCUCCGGGACAAGCACCGGCGGCCUUGUGACGGCCAUGUUGACGGCUCCCGACGAGAAGGGUCGCCCCCUUUAUGCAGCUAAAGAUAUUAAGCCUUUUUACCUGGAUAACUGUCCCAAGAUUUUCCCACAAAAAGGUGGAUGGUUUGGUAAAAUAUGGAAAUUGAUUGUAUCUGUGUUUGGCCCCAAGUACAAUGGCAAGUACCUGCAUAGUCUGGUGAAGGAUGAGCUGAAACAAAUUCGGCUGAAAGACACUCUCACUAACGUUGUUAUUCCCACUUUUGACAUCAAGAAUUUGCAGCCUGUCAUCUUCUCCACUUUCGAGGCUAAGAGAUGCCCAAAAAUGGAUCCUUAUUUGUCAGACAUUUGCAUUGGCACUUCAGCAGCUCCCACAUAUCUUCCUGCUCAUAAUUUCCAGAUUGAAGAUCCCAAGCAAGGAACUGAACCUCCCACAGAGUAUAAUCUUAUCGAUGGCGGUGUUGCUGCAAACAAUCCGACAUUGGUGGCCAUAACCCAAGUGACCAAACAGAUUUUCGACCACAACCCAGAUUUCUCCCUCAUCAAGCCCACGGAUUUCCAGCGUUUUCUUGUGAUAUCCAUAGGGACAGGAGCCGCCAAAAAUGAGAAAAAGUAUGAUUCUAUACAGGCGGCCAAAUGGGGCAUUUUCAGAUGGUUAUUUAACAAAAGCUCAACGCCAUUGAUCGAAGUUUUCUCGCAGUCCAGUGCAGACAUGGUGGAUCUCCAUAACUCCGUGGUUUUCCAGGCUCUCCAUUCUGAAGAUAGUUAUCUCAGAAUUCAAGAUGACAGUUUAGCUGGAACAGUAUCAUCUGUGGACAUAGCCACCAAGGAAAACCUGGAAAACCUGGUGAAAACUGGGGAGAAUCUGCUGGAGAAGCAAGUUUCCAGGGUAAAUUUAGGGACAGGUGUCAGUGAACCAGUUGCAAAUUCUGGCUCAAAUAAAGAUGCUCUCAAAAGGUUCGCAAAGUUAUUAUCAGAUGAAAAGAAACUUAGAGAUCUGAAGUCUCCGGUCACCGGUCACCAACAAAAGCUCGACCAAAGUAACGCAUGAUAUGCAGAAAGGAAACAAAUUAGAGAAUUGAAUUGAAGUCACGGAUUACCGGCAAAAAUAAUGCAUGCAAUCAACUGAUCAGGCCACUGGAUCCAUGCAUGCAUGUUGCUCUCCUUUACGUACUCAAGCUAGAGGACAAAACAAGAAUAUAGUGUGACAUUUAGUCACUAGGUGAUAAUUUAGUAUGUUUUAUUCCACCUGGCCUACACUUAGGUGAUAAUUUAUAGUAUGUUUAUAUGGUUAAAAUUUUUACUCUGCUCUUUCCAGUAAUUAAGUUGUAUUCUUGUAACUACAUGUACUCUUUAAUUUGUUCAUUUAUAAUAGCAAUAAAUUUUUAACAAAUAAAA